AUGGCAAUCCCUUCCAACACUAUUGUUAUAGCCGACGACGAGGAACUUCCAAGGCUCGAGCCAGGUAGCUUACGACCUCAAAGGGCCUCGCGCCGUGAUUACAGUUACCAGGACUUUGAGAGCAUAAUCAUUGAAUCAGUUAAUGCGGAGGCGGAUACGACACCAUCGCGCAAACGCAGAGGAAUCGAAACAAAGGAGCCGUCUGCUUUGGACAACGCUUUCGGGGGGCUCCGAAAGGCACUUGACCGUGAAAUCCAGCUGUUACAAGAGAAGAAUAGAAUGCUUCGAGAUGAAAUUCGCCUGGAGAGGGAGGGGCACCAAAAGACGCAAGAGGAACUUUCCCAGCAAAGAGAAAGGCGUAUCUUAGGGUGCAGUGUCUGCUUUUUGCAGCCAGAUCGCUGGGUGACUAUUCUAUGUGGGCACAUUGUUUGUUAUGUCGAAUGCUACCCUUUUGCAGGAUGA